UGAUGUACAUUUACACUUUGUAUGGGUCAUGGAAACGCCACCAUCUGUGUCCCUGCUGAUCUCUAGGGGUGACUAGUCAUCUCUCUAUUGGCUACCCACUAAUACUCGCCCCUGCAGAGAUGAUCACCUUAUUCAGUGUUUACAAGGUGAGGAAAUGAUACGAGCUCUGUCUUGCCUUUAGUGAGAGACGUCGCGGUUAAGAGGGAUACUCGAGGGCUUUGUAUAAAUCGAAUAAUCCAGUGCUAUAAAUAUGGAUCGUCUCUGUCAACAUGUGAGAUCGCCAUCUGGUGGCCAGUUCGGAGUCACGGGUUGACGAAAGUCGUCCCGAAUGUCUUCCGGCUGUCGGCGGAAAAACAGGACGCCAGUUGGUGCAGCCGAAGCGGAGGCGGAGCGAAGCCCACUGCAACCGGCGCUGUGUCAGUGCGGCGCACCCCGGACCGUCACCGUGUCAGUUCGCUGAGGGUUACCGGAGGAUCAUUCUCAUUCCCGCAUCCCACAGCUCGUCUGUCCCCCGCUUUACUUACUACGGUGGCUUUUCGGGCUCACGCCGACGGAAUUAACCUCCAGUGUGUCUGUCAGUGUCGCUGCCGGUGUGUCGGGGCUGCGGCUCUAUACUCCUGAAAACGGAUCCACAUGCUGCGGUGUGUCCCAGUCAUUCUGGCGGCAGACGGCGACGGCAGGCGGCGCCAGCAUCCGAGUCGUGCCGCGGGGAGGUGUCGCUGAUCCUGCGGCGGGCUCGGAUCUCGGAACCGGAGCGGGUAACGGCGGCGGAGCGGGAGUGGUGAUGUUUUAUGAUGAUGGUAUACAAUGAAUACCGCGAUUUAAGGCGUAAUUCACGCUCCCGUCAGUGCCUAAAGCGGCCGGUCCAUAACGGGAUUUAUCCCGGACAGCCCCCGUGGCUCCGGAGCGGCCGCUUUGUGUGGCCGACGGGCCCGAUGAGGUAUCGGGGACGAUUCCCGGAGAAGCGGGUGCAGUCCGACAGCACGGCGCCUGUGCGGUAAACAUGUUAAACGGUGUCAGUGUCGGCAUUUAAAUUUCCGGGGCUGGCCGAUGGCGCACAUGGCUUAGGAGCGCCAGUGAUGUGUCUCGGGAAGCCGGCCCCCUGGCCCUUUGGUCCCGCCUCACAUCGGCACGUGUUUGCGUAGGAAAAUAAUGAUCACGUCGUAAGAGCCAGCAGUCUGCUCAGGAAAUAUGUGUGUGCCUUCCAGAAGAGGCGAUGAGGCCAGCAUGAUCCCCGCAGAUGGGCUCCCUGGACAUGAGGCGAGUCGGGCCACGUGGAGGAGGCCAAAGAGCAGUGCCCCGGAGAUGCUGUACCUGCUGCCCGCUGUCCUGGUGUGGCUCGUCACGGGCACCACCAUCUCCAGCCUGAACAAGUGGAUCUUCGCUGUGUACAACUUCAGGUACCCGCUGCUGCUGUCUGCGCUGCACAUGCUGACAGCCAUCGUGGUGGAUUACGGCCUGAUCCGGCUGCAGCUGGUGGGUGCCACUGCGGCUGCCCGGGGUCAGCUGACUGCCGCCGCCAAGCUCAAGGUCUUCCUACUGAGCCUGACCUUCUGCGCCAGCAUUGCCCUGGGGAAUGUGGGCCUCAGCUAUGUACAGCUGUCCUUCGCGCAGAUGAUCUACACGACCACACCGAUCUUCACGCUCGCCAUCUCCACGCUGAUCCUUGGCAAGCAGCAUCACGCCCUGAAGUACACGGCCAUGAUGCCUAUCUGCCUGGGCGCCUCCUUCAGCGUCAUGGGCGAGCUGCAGUUCGACCAGACCGGCUGCCUCUUCGUGUUCGCGGCCACCAUGCUCAGGGGGGUGAAGUCUAUCCAGCAGAGCAUCCUGCUCCAGGAAGAGAAGAUCCCCUCAGUGUUCCUGCUCUACCUGAUGUCCAUCCCCAGUUUCUGCAUCCUGGCUGUGGCGGCCCUGCUGCUGGAGAACUGGGCGAGCCUGGCAUCGCCCUGGCACUACGAUCUGCGGCUCUGGCUCUGCAUCGGGCUGAGCUGCCUGGGGUCGGUGCUCUACAACCUGUCGAGCUGCUGCGUCAUCGCGCUCACCUCAGCCGUCACGCUGCACAUCCUGGGGAACCUCUCCGUGGUGGGCAACCUGCUGCUGUCGCAGCUGCUGUUCGACAGCGAGCUGUCAGCGCUGAGCUGCGCGGGGGCUGCGCUCACACUCUCUGGCAUGCUCAUCUACCAGAACUGCGAGUACAUUGCCGGAUACCUGGACUCACGGCGGCCCGCUAGGGCGGCACACCCAGCAGCAAGCGUCAGCGGCUGAGGGGGGGCGCCGCAUUAGCAUCUCGUUUGCCAGGGGGGGGCCUGACGCCAGUGAGAGGGUUAGGGUUUGGGUUCGAGCACUUGGGCAUUGUCGGGGGGGGGUACUACUUGCUACUCAUCUAGAGGGCUAAUCCAGUUGGUACAUGACUGUGACUGAAUGCAUCCAGCCCCCCCACAUGGCGCAGUGCGGCCCUCCUAUCCUUCCUUGUCACUGUGAUUUCAUUUGAGGGGACAGUAGAGAGGUUACAGUGCACUGAGGACGGUCCCUGGCACUGAAGGCAGCUUUGACUGAGCGGGGGCUUGUUUUAAAACUAGGUGACCCCCCUCAGAAUCUGUCAGUUUUGUGUUUUGUUUACGGGUGGUUUUUAAAUCUGAGGUUGUGCUCACUUAGCUUUUGUUCCCUCGGGGGGUGGGUUGGAGUUGGGGAGCUGGGUGUUGUUGGUGUGGGUGUUGUGCCCCCACCCACUCACAAGGCACUUUAUUGGGAGGCCAAUUUCCCAUCAUGCCUCAGUGGCUGUCUCUGUUCUCCAUUAUGCCUCUGUCCUCAGGUUUCCCAGGUUGUUUUGGGGUCGCUUGUGACCCCACACCUACCAGAAGCACAUGGCAUUCCCUGGGAAAUCUCAGCACUUUCAUUUUGAGAUGGUUUUACUUUUAUAAAUCAUAUUAAUGAAGGUUCUGGGUUUGUCUCGAUAUGGCUGGCGUUGGGAUGGCGGGGUUCUGACGGUUCUGGGUUUGUCUCGAUAUGGCUGGGCACGGGAAGGCGGGGUUCUGACGGUUCUGGACGAGUUGAUAGGACAGGUCAUAGGACAGCUUGUGAUUAGCUGGUGGGAUCCAUCGCUAGAAAAGGUCGUUUAGAACUAAGGGUGUUACCAGUCUGUGGCGCUGAUAAUAUAAGCUGCUAUUUUUAUUCAUUGUACUUGGAACAUUUCCCAUCUGUUUAAAAAUACACGUCCCAGAAAAUCCAGCAUUUGUGUGUGUGUGUGUGGGGAGGGGUCUGUUUUACUGGUUUUGCCUUUUAUACUUGAGGACCCUGAAAGAAAAGCAAGAUGAAUAAUCUGUUUUAUGAUAGAAGCACAUUACCCACCCCGUCCAAGGUGCGUGUGUGUGUGUGUGUGUGUGUGUGUGUGUGUGUGUGUGUGUGUGUGUGUGUGUGUGUGUGUGACCUAUCCUUACGGGGACACAAUGUCCCCAUAACGUGAUAAAUUUCCGUUUUUUUUUCCUUUAUGGGGACUGGUUUCCUGGUCCCCAUAAGGGAAAACUCUAUUUUAUAAAAAUCAGUAACUGCUAUGAAAAAGUUAAGAAUGCAAAAAACUCUUGUAUUUUUGCUUGGUUACUUAUAGUUAUGGUUAGGGCAGGGUGUGGGUUAAGUUUGUCAUAGUUAGCAUUAGCAUUUUUCCCAUACAAGUCAAUGAGCGGGCCCCAUAAGGAUAGGUAUACCCUACAUGUGUGUGUGUGUGUGUGUGUGUGUGUGUGUGUGUGUGUGUGUGUGUGUGUGUGUGUCAGCUAAGGGGUUUUAAUUUGUUGUAAAUACUAACAAAAUAUUUAUUUGCCAAAUGUACUGUUUAAAGACUAUGCUUUCUCUUAGACCAUGUUCCACGGUACCAAUGUUAUGGAAAGUCAACUGGAAUAUUAAAGUGUUGAGGGCUGAUUUACAUCUAACUUGACGUCAUGAUUUUUCACGGUGAUGAGCGCCCCCUGCUGGCCAUUACUAACUUUGCGGGCCAAGUGAUUAAUCGCACCUUGUGGGGCUCAUCAUUAUGUUUAAGCAAGCACCAACCCACCGUAACAGUAAAGACUGCAGGUCUUUCCUCCGUUCUGCAGAAUUCAUUUCUGUGUCUGGUUUAGAAUCACAGGCUGAAGAUUUAAAGGCGAGGAAGCUGUUUUAAUGCCACCCGGCAUAGCUGUGGGCACUGUCAGACUUGCUUCACAAAUAGGGGGCAGUAAUUCCUCAAUCGGUUUUCUGCUUUUACAAGUUUAAUUAUCGGCCACUGGAUGGCGCCAACUCACUGUGUUGUAUAGGCUCCAGUAGUAUUUGUAGUACUUUUAGAGUCAUGUGGUACUGCUGGGAGAAUAUUUUUUUGUUUAUUAUUAUGUAUAUUUGCUCAUGUUACUGAGAAUAAAGACUAAAGGCUUGUGC